GGCGGCGGGCAGCGGCGCGGCGCCUGACCGCACAGCUCCGCUCCGCUCCCGAGGAUGCUUGGGGGGCGAUGCCCGGCGACAGGGAGGACGAGAUCUGCCAGAAAGCGCUGCAGCUGCUGGCCGAGCUGUGCUCCGUCGGCGCGGUGGAGAACGAGAAUUGCCGGGAUUUUAUCUACUACCUGCGGGACAGAGCCCGGCCCCGCCUCACCGACUCAGAUAUCUCAAUAAGCUUGCUUUCCCUAGUUGUCACAGCCUGUGGUCUUGCUCUGUUUGGUGUGUCCCUGUUCGUGUCCUGGAAGCUUUGCUGGAUUCCUUGGCGAGAGCGUGGCCUGCCAUUUGGGAACAAAGAGAAACAAGAGUCCCUGAACUACACAGAUACAGAGACCAAUGACCAUGACUACAGCGAGGAUUAUCUUGGUCAGCCAACAACCUACCCAGAGUCCUCCAUGAAGAUCAGCCACACCUCUCCUGAUAUCCCAGUGGAUGCUCAGGAGGGGACAAAGGAGAACUGUGUACACAAUGCACGAAUGCAUCGUCAGAUCACUGAACCAACCUCUUCUGCACGGCAUAACUCAAUCCGAAGACAGCUCAACCUCUCCAAUCCCGACUUCAACAUUCAGCAGGUUCAGAAACAGGAGCAACUGACUGGAAUUGGCCGCAUUAAGCCAGAGCUGUAUAAACAGAGAUCCGUGGACACAGAUGAUGGCCGGAGGAGUAAUAGCAAGGCAUGUGGAAAGCUGAACUUUAUUCUGAAAUAUGACUGUGAUUUAGAGCAGCUGAUAGUGAAGAUACACAAGGCCAUCAACCUGCCAGCAAAAGACUUCUCGGGAACUUCAGAUCCAUAUGUGAAGAUAUAUCUCCUUCCUGAUAGGAAAACAAAACACCAGACUAAAGUGCACAGAAAAACCCUAAAUCCAGUUUUUGAUGAAGUUUUUUUAUUUACUGUUCCAUACAAUGAUCUGAAUGCACGGAAGCUCCAUUUCUCUGUCUAUGAUUUUGACAGAUUCUCCAGGCAUGACUUGAUUGGCCAAGUGGUAGUGGAUAAUUUUUUAGAAUUGGCAGAUUUUCCCAGGGAAUGUAAUAUUUGGAAGGAUAUUGAAUAUGUCACCAAUGAUAAUGUGGAUCUUGGUGACCUGAUGUUUUCACUCUGCUACCUUCCAACAGCUGGUAGACUAACUAUUACAAUAAUAAAAGCAAGAAAUUUAAAGGCAAUGGAUAUCACAGGAGCAUCAGAUCCCUACGUGAAGGUUUCUUUAAUGUGUGAAGGAAGGCGACUAAAGAAAAGAAAAACUUCCACCAAGAGGAACACCCUUAAUCCCGUUUACAAUGAAGCCAUAGUCUUUGAUGUCCCUCCAGAAAACAUUGACCAAAUUAACUUGUCGAUAGCUGUGAUGGAUUACGACCGUGUAGGUCACAAUGAGGUCAUUGGAGUAUGUCAAGUAGGCAACGAUGCAGAAAGUCUAGGUCGUGACCAUUGGAAUGAAAUGCUCUCAUAUCCUCGGAAACCCAUUGCCCACUGGCAUCCUCUUGCAGAGGUAAGAAUUUUUCCUUGCUUUCCCAUUACUAUAACUGUUAAAAUCUUAGUAUAUGGCAUUAGAAAUAGGAUGAAAUUUUACAAAAAAAAACAAGAUCCACAAGUAUACCCUAAAGCCUAGAAAAGAGCUCAGAAACACCAAUACUGAUAACAUGCAAAUUAAGUCUGCUCCUUUCAAUUUCAUGGGAACAGAAAGUAAUUAAUAUAUUUGAUAAAUACACAAAAGCCACAUACAUUGUACAGUGGAUAAAGGUUUCAGAUUUUAUUUUAUUUGUUUGGGUUUUUUUUCUCGGUUGUUUUUGUUUUGUUUUUCAGACAUAGGGUAGGGUAACUUUCAAUGAUAAUUGAUAUGAAGAAGUGGGCUUCCUAAGGUUUACCAAUACCUAUUGUUUUACUAUAUAAAAACCUAAUCUGAUUACUUCUAUUACUUCUAUUGUAAGACUAUGUCAUCUAGCAAAUCUCAAGGAAUGUCUAUCUAUCCUGAAAAGGGGAAAAAAAAAGAAAAAAAAAAAGGUGUAAGUUUCUCUGGAGAUUUGAGGCAUUAAUAAGAAGCCACGCAAUUAGAAAAAAAUUUCAAGGUUCCUAUGGUUUUUGUUUUGUUUUGUUUUGUUUUGUUUUGUUUUUUGUCUUCAGGGCCCUAUUCAGCAGAAAUGUUAUGCAGGUCUUCUGCGCUUGGAUGGCUGCCGAAGAGGCUUCCUCACCCUUUUAACCUAUUCAGCAGAAAUUUGGCAUUCCUGUUGAACUCUUUCUUAGCCAUAUCCUCAGGGGCUAUUCCACAGAGUCCAGUGGGGUAAAGAUGUCCUUUUAAUCCCUCUGUUUAAUCCUCUCCCUUCCCAAUACAGGAAAUGCUAAUCUUGAUUCAUGAGACACAAAACUUCAGUGUUCAAACUAAAUUGCUUCCUAAGAGUUCCCAUGGUUUAUUUUUAUGGUUACUCUCACUGGUUGGAGUCGGGCAAUAAUCCCAGUCAGGAGAAGCUACUAUAUUUAUGGACAGUCACAAUUGUCUGCUGAAAGAAAAGAAAAAUUAUCAUAUUAAGCCAUGUGCAAUGCCAUAAGCACCUGAUAUGUAGAGGCAGGCAGCUGACAGACACUUUCUGCAGUGUAGACUAGUGACCAGAAUGCAACUAAAGACUUGGUUGCAAGCACCAGCAUUAGGUUGUUCCGUAAGUUAAAUGUCACACAACAGGAAGAUGUUACAAAAUGGCAGAAACACUCCAGCCUUGUCUGUCUCCAUGAUCAAUUACAUUUCCUGGUUCCUGGGGACAACAGAAGCACAUUUUCAACAGGGAGACUCCCAGCCCAUGGCAGCAGGGAAGCACUGUGAGAGAAUGGGGAUACCAACAGACAAGCAUGGCUGUGAAGGAAGAUCAAGCUAAGUCUGGAGCCCAGCUUUUUGUGCCCUCAUUGAAAAGUUAGCUCCUGGCAAAAGUGCCACAAUUGAAAUACCCGCCUGGGCAUUUGGGAGUUGAGUUUAGAAAAACAUCACUGAGCUCUCAGCUGUAACCAAACCCUGAUAGGAACGGACCAAGGGAACACAUGAGGAGCACUGUAACAGUUAGUAUGUCCCAGAAAAUGAAAAGUGUCUCUUAGCAGAAGUUGGCUACAUCCUUAAAUCAAACUUGUCUUCCCUCUUUGAUAAGUUUUAUUGCAGCCAGAGCCCACAAUCAGGUUUUGACAGCUCUUCCCUUUUUUGCAGGCAACCUGUUCUUUUCAUACAUGCCUUGCUCACUUCUUUAGAUUUCAUUGCUGUGAAUUGCUUUUCAUGCCACUGAGCUAAAGAGAGACUAAUUUUUUUUUUCCCUUCCCAGGAAUCAAGUGGGGGAGGGUAUCCAGCGCAUCCAGGCUGCGCAGAGAAAUAUAUACACAGCAUAUCAUUUUGGUUCCUGAAUCAGGAUUAGGCUCAGCGAGAGUUCUGGAACCUCUGUGGCCACAACCAUAGGACCCUGAAAACUGCUGAAUAGAACCCUCAGUCUUCAACUGUGUGAAGAGCUAUUGGUUUUGAGUAGUGCAAUAUUAUCCACUUGUAGCAUUAGUUCUCCAGCUGACACUAUUGCUACUGAUAGAUUUUUUGUAUGGUCAUAAGCAUUACCCAAAUUCAAGUCAAAUGUUUUGCUCAUUAGAAUAACCCAGGUUUUACAAGCAACAUGACAGCAGUGAAAACAACAGAUAUUGGAGCCAGCUUUAAAUAUGAUUAUUGUAUUUGCAAAGGAAAAAAGAAGUGCAGUAUUGUAAAUGUAAAGCUAUGUAAGUCAUUUUUUCCCAAGAAUGACUGUCAUCAGACUUUUUUGAUGGUGAGUUGUAUCUUUCAUCUCCAUGUCUCCUUUCACCUGACAUGAAAACAAGACUAAUUCACUCCUUUGCAGAUAUGCUUCAAAUCCUUCAAAGCUGUAAAAAGUUCUGUUGGGUGACAACAAGAUACAUGCAGUGUUUGCAAUGAUAGCGUGUUCUUUUAGAAAGAAGAUAAGGAUCUGUGUAGUAUGGAGACUGGGAGCCCUCGGUGUUGUUAGAUGAUUUUCCAGUCACUGCUUUUCACUGUGUCCAUAACACUGUGAAGGGCUGGAAGAAUCUCACAGGUGGCUUUCUUUCAUCAUACACACAAGCACACACACACACCAUUUUAAAAUGCCACUCCAAACCUAUAUAAUGUCUGUGAAGACUAUUAUUUGUAGUAGAACUAACAUUGACAGGGCUACCUUAAAUGAUUGUACAUUGUAAAUGCUAAUGAAUUCUGACCAUUUUAAAAAUAAAAAUAAAAAUCAAAGCAAAGCACUGAAUUCUUUCACAUAAUGAACUCUAGGUCCUGGAACAACAGUCCCUCGGAUAAAUUUUGCUCAUUAUUUAUCCAUGCAUAGGGUUAACUCUUCCUUAAUUUUUUCAUAGAGAGACUUUGAAUCAAGUUUUUACAUCAAUAUCUUUACCUUAAAAGGGCAAAUGCAAAUUAUGUGUGUAUUAUACAAUCUAGUUGCCUGCUAAACACAGGUAGGUAGCCCUUGUCUUUGUAUAUACUGUUCAGGUAAGUUUAUGCACAUGAACAUUGUUUUGCAUCUUGUAUGUGUUAAAUGCUCACCAUUUUCAGUUUCUAAUUGAGCUGACACAUGUGUGAUUGUAAAAAAAUCGAGAAAAUAUUUGCAACUUUUAUUAAAAAAAAGUUGUAUAACUUGUUAUUUGAGGAUCUUCCAGAAAACCAGAAUUGUUAACAGGUAAAAACACAGCCUAAUGGUUGCAGAAGAUCUUAGAGCUGUUCUAAAUGUGUAGUGUGGCUACAAAGCAGAAGUCUUAAAAGUAUAGUUGUUAUAAAAAAAUAAUAAUAAAAUGUCAUGCUAUGCUAUGAAGAAUUUAGCUAUCACAUACAAGGACACUCCUGGCAAACUCCACAACUGUUCAAAGCCUGCCUGAGCAAAAUUUCAGAUUGGUAACAGGUCACGUCCAGAACAAAAAAAUACAAAGUAGCCCUAGCAAAUGUAUUUCAAUACAUGCUCAAGUGAAGCCUUAUGUCAGCAGACCAGUGAUGUAAUACAGUGCUCGUAACUGUUCGUGUAUGAUCUUCACUUCAGGCAAAAUUCUGCACUCUUUACUCAGGCACAUCUCCCAGGAGCCAACAUGGGGAGAUAAGCACGAACAAAGGAGGAGGACCUUUUGCUUGUAAGUGGAGAUCUUUGAUUUCCUGGAUAAAUCAGCAUAGAUGCAAUCCCACGUGGGCAAAGCAGGCAGCUGCAUGCUUUCCCACUGCAAUGGCUAUUACCAGGGCAAUGUUAUGAACAGUAGCUUCUGUAAGAAUGAAGAGACCUAUGCAGCUAGUUCAUUUUGUCUCCGUGGAACAGAGCAGAAAUCUUUCUCAGAUUUGCCUCAAGUGACUCAAAAGGGCGUCAGCAGAAAAGUAGUGUCAUUGUAAUUGCUAAUGUUUUUUAUUUUAUUAUCAUACUCAGUUCAUUUAAUGCUCAAGGGGCUGGCAUGAAGAGAAUGAUUUUGAAAACAGUUUGAAAUAUUCCUUUUACAAAGAAAAGAAAAAUCUUAUUUUUCAUUUUUUUAAUUUUCCUAAUUCUUGCUCUCUGACUCAUGACUUACAAGCUGUUACACAGGCUAUGGCAUUAUUUUGUGCUUUAUAAAAAUAUCUGCCUUUCCAUAGCAGUGCAUAAGUGGAACAGUAGUUGUUUUCUGUGCUUCUCCCUCUUCACCUUUUGACUCAACUUUAUCUAUGCUACUCCCUAGACCUUCAGUAGACCCAUGUUACAAUUCUGGUGAGCCAGGCAAUAGCAAUAUUGGACAAAACAGAGCAUCUACUGCUAGAACACCAGUUGGAAACGCAGUACUGUGAUCCCAGUACUGGUCACUCUCUUUUCUGAACUAUAAUUCCCAGUGGUGAAUUAGUAGAACAGCUCAUAAGAAUAACUCCAAUCCUCCAACCUUUAUUUGUUUUAUUUCCUGUGAAGACACAAUUAUGCUGUAUCACAAGUGUUACUGAAGCAAAAAGGGAAAUCCCCUAGAAAUGCAUCUCAGCAAGAUUUUAAUCCCACUUUAUUCAUUAACAAUAUUCUAUUAAACUCUUAGUUUUUCAUAAGAAGCCACAAUUUCAGAUAGAUUUUUUUAUGAAAACAAGUGAGAGCUUUCCAAGGUUUUGAUACUAAGUAGGCUAUAAUGGGCUGUCGUGUGAAAUUCCAGGGCUAAAACACUCACAAGCACAACCCUUCUGCAGCUGAAUGUUGAAAUUCCUUUGUUUUCGCUGAAGUCACAAGGUAUUAAAAGCACUUGAGGGUUUUGUGUGUCAUUUUCCCCUGUAAAUAAUCCUGGCAAUACACCAACCAUACACGAAUUGCAACCUGCAGAAGCAGGGACUAGAAGACAAAAAAAAAAAAAGCAAGCAUAGAAAAAAGAUCCGCCUCUCAUACUAUUCCUGCCAGUCAGUACACCUCAGCAUUCUGUACCAGCUGAUACAUAAGGCAGCAAACUUAUUAUAUAGGCGGGCAAUGCAGCUGCCAGUAGCAGAACUAGUGCAACAGCAAAGGGCAGCAGAAAAGAAUGAGAAGAAAGAUUAUCUUAGUUGAACCUAUGUUUGGUUUGAGGAGUAGUUGGUAUGUUUUUUCACUUUUUAAACUCCAAUCAUUAUACAAAGCUAUAUCAACACUUGGCACCUAAAGGUAAAUUGACAAUUUUAUCACCUGGCAAUGUUAGAGCAUCAAGGGGACUUUGCUAUUAAAAAGGAAUAGUAAUAAUAAAACUCUUAAAAGCUCUCCUUAUUCUCUUCUAGUCUAAAAGGAACAAAAGAUAAAGGGAAAGGGAGAAAGGACUGGAAAUUUACUUGAAGAAUCUUUUUGACCCAUUUAGAAAUCUAUAAUAUUAAAUUACUGUUAAUGCAUUUUGGGUUCAUUGGAACAGAAAGAAUUUAAAAAAAAAAAUCACACAGUAGGUGAGUCAGCAUGAAGUAUUAUCAAUAAAAUGUUUUCUUGCCUUUAGAACAGUGCAUUUAAAAAUAUUUACAUCUCAGUAUCAAUUGAGAAAACAAUGGCUUUCUUGUUCCAAAAGAAAAAAAAAAAAGCAUAUAGAGAAAGUUAUCCACCACACUGUAGAAUUUAACAUAAGCCUCCAUGCUGAGGAAAAUAGGAGCAGGACAGACUCUGUAACAACUUCACUUUGAUACUUGCUGUAAGUACUGGAAAGCCUUGAUUGCAACCAUAAUUCUGUUCCAAAGUGACAGCCUUAUGAUUCAUGAAUCAAGCUAUGCAAGGUGUGAAUUACUCUGCAAGAGCACAGCACACUCAGCUGAGCUGCUUUUAGAGUCACCAUCUAAUACAGUGAGUUGUGCAAGGAACUCUGGCUGAAGUCCUCCAGAGUCCCCAAAGGACCUCUGCCUCCUUGAAGGGCCAUGAAAUGCACUAGUCCAGGUGGCAGAAAGAGACACCAUUCAGGAGAGGUAGCACCAGGACAUACUCAGCUGCUGACUGAGCACAGCACACAUGGUACGGAAGGGAAGGUGACAUGAGAACUUGUAAGCAUCUGGGUUGUUUGUUUUGUCUGGAUUUUUAGUUAGUCUUUCCAUUGCUCACUUAGACAUUGUAAAACUGGACUGUUCUACUCAGUUGCAUGCUGGCCAGCUGUCAUUUUUAAUGCCCCUUGCAAAGGUGUGUGAAGAGAGCUGUGUUGUUUUUGUGUACUUUCAUUUUUAAUAACACGAACAUUGUACUGUACUUUAUUAUUUCCUGUUCAAUAAAUAGGCUUGGUAUCUCUGUUUCAUGUCUAAUUUUCAAGAGCAGAGCCAUUCCUGUACUGAGGCUCUCUCAACUAAGUGGACUUUUUUUUUUUCUUUUUUUUUUUUUUUUUUUGUUUAGUAAAAAUAAUGCAUGAUUUCUUUUCGCAGUGAUGGUUUGAGGGACAAAAAAUUUCUUAAUUUUGUAAUAUGUACUACAAUCUUCUAAACACAAGUAAAAAUGUACUGUGAUCUAUUUAUAUAAAUCUAGUCUGAACAAGUAAUUUUGAUCUUAAUAAAAACUCUGUAAGAAA